AUGGCUUCCGAGGUGCCGUGCAAAGUGGGAGACGGGGAGCAGACCACGGUAAAGAAGGAAGACCCCCAGGUCCAGAACGCACUGGAGCCGAUACCAAAGCACUGCCAGAGCCCCAAGACUAUGAAAAGGACCGUCACCACCAAGGGACUCCCACUUUCCUCGCGGGGCAGUUUGGUGAACUGCUCGAAGGAAGAUUCCAUCAGUUUCCCGAAACUGAUGCCCCCGGAGGACUCCGAAUGCAGCUCCGAUGACACCAGCAUCUCCCCACUCUCGUCCUCCUUGCUGAAUCCCAUCAAACUGACCGUCACACAGCCUAACAGCAGCUUCUUUGCGGGGAUGCUGGAAGGCGAACUCAACAAACUCAGCUUAUCCUCGGUGACCAAGGACCCAGAGAAGGGGGACCUGGCCCUCUGUCCCCGCCCAUCCAAGUCUCAAAUUGCCCCUGGGGGCCUGCUGGACCUCGACAACCCCGAGGUGGACACGGACACCUCGUCCACGCACUCAGAGUCCUCGGUGAUCAUGGACGUACCCGAGGCCCCUUUCAUCUGCGAACACACCGUCAGUGACUCCACAGCUGUGGUAUCCUGGACCUAUGCCGUGGGCAAGCAGCAGGUCAGCUUCUACCAGGUCCUGUUGCAGGAGGUGGCCAGGAAAGACAACGAGCAGCUCAAGGUCAAGAACCGGCCCUGGAUUUUCAACAAGAUCUUGGGUACCACAGUCAAGCUGAUGGAGCUGAAGCCAAACACGAGCUACUGCCUCACUGUCCGUGCAGCCAACACAGCCGGGGUGGGGAAGUGGUGCAAGCCCUACAAAUUUGCCACUGUGGCCACCGACUUGAACAGCUUCCCAGAGAACAACCCGAUCCAGAUCACCGUGCAGCGCAAGGAACCCCAGCGGAAAACCGUGUCCAUCGGGAUGGAGGACAUGCGCAGGCUAGAAGACCUGGAGUACCUGUACCCCUACUAG